CCUGGCAAGAGUCGGCGCGGUGCAGUUCCCCACGGACGCGUUCCUCGGACGGGGAGCUGGGCGCCGGGAUUUGCGGGAAAUGUGUCCCAGAAAGUUACACACCCACUCCAACACAGAGACACCGCUGCGGUGGCCGCCGGCACAGUCCCAAGGCGCCUUUAGGCCAGCCGGGAAGGGCGGGCAGGAGAGAGCGCGGCGCCGACCGGAAGUGCCAUGCCGUGGGCGCGGGGCCCGCCGGGAAAUGUAGUUCCUUCGGGUGUCCUGAGGCGGUGGCCUCCAGUCCCGCGGACCUGGUAGACGAUCGGGCGUGCUAGACACGGGAUGGCUGGGCCCGUGGGCUCCGGAGGCCCGAUCGGGGCCGGGGGCCUGGCAGGAGGAGCACGGUCCAAGGUAGCCCCGAGCGUGGACUUUGACCACAGCUGCUCGGACAGUGUCGAGUACCUGACGCUCAACUUCGGGCCCUUCGAGACAGUGCAUCGCUGGCGGCGCCUCCCGCCCUGCGACGAGUUCGUGGGGGCCCGACGCAGCAAGCACACGGUGGUGGCCUAUAAAGAUGCCAUUUAUGUAUUUGGUGGAGACAAUGGGAAGACGAUGCUCAACGACCUCCUGCGCUUCGACGUGAAGGACUGUUCCUGGUGCAGGGCCUUCACCACUGGGACCCCGCCAGCUCCCCGCUAUCAUCACUCGGCCGUGGUCUACGGAAGCAGCAUGUUUGUCUUUGGGGGCUACACGGGCGACAUCUACUCCAACUCCAACUUGAAGAAUAAGAAUGACCUCUUCGAGUACAAGUUUGCAACGGGCCAGUGGACAGAGUGGAAGAUUGAGGGCCGGUUGCCCGUCGCCCGGUCAGCCCACGGCGCCACAGUGUACAGCGACAAGCUGUGGAUCUUUGCGGGUUAUGAUGGCAAUGCCAGGUUGAAUGAUAUGUGGACCAUUGGCCUCCAGGACCGGGAGCUCACGUGCUGGGAAGAGGUGGCCCAGAGUGGGGAGAUCCCCCCAUCCUGCUGCAACUUCCCUGUCGCCGUGUGUCGGGACAAGAUGUUCGUGUUCUCAGGGCAGAGUGGGGCCAAGAUAACAAACAACCUCUUCCAGUUUGAAUUUAAGGAUAAAACGUGGACUCGCAUCCCCACCGAGCACUUGCUCCGGGGAUCCCCACCGCCCCCACAGCGGCGCUACGGGCACACCAUGGUGGCCUUUGACCGCCACCUCUACGUGUUCGGUGGCGCGGCUGACAACACGCUGCCCAACGAGCUACACUGCUAUGACGUGGACUUCCAGACCUGGGAGGUGGUGCAGCCCAGCUCUGACAGCGAGGUUGGUGGGGCUGAGGUGCCAGAGCGAGUGUCCACUUCUGACGAGGCGCCUACCCUGGCCACUGAGGAGCGAGGUGGCUUCAAGAAGUCCCGAGAUGUGUUCGGCCUGGACUUUGGGACCACCACAGCCAGGCAGCUCGCCCCGCCAGCCUCAGAGUUGCCCAGUGGGAGGCUCUUCCAUGCGGCAGCUGUGAUCUCAGACGCCAUGUACAUCUUCGGGGGCACCGUGGACAACAACAUCCGCAGCGGUGAGAUGUACCGCUUCCAGUUCUCCUGUUACCCCAAGUGCACGCUGCACGAAGACUACGGGCGGCUGUGGGAGAGCCGCCAGUUCUGCGACGUGGAGUUUGUGCUGGGUGAGAAGGAGGAGUGUGUACAGGGCCACAUGGCCAUCGUCACAGCCCGAAGCCGCUGGCUCCGGAGGAAGAUUGUCCAGGCGCGGGAACGGCUGGUCCAGAAGCCAGAGGAGGAGCCCCCUGGGCCGGCUGUGGGUGGUGUCCAGCUGCCCCUGCUGCGUGUAGCCAUCCGUGAGGCCGAAGCCCGGCCCUUCGAGGUGCUCAUGCAGUUCCUGUACACAGACAAGAUCAGAUACCCCAGGAAAGGCCAUGUGGAGGACGUGCUGCUCAUCAUGGACGUGUACAAGCUGGCCCUGAGCUUCCAGCUGUGCCGCCUGGAGCAGCUGUGUCGGCAGUACAUCGAGGCAUCUGUGGACCUCCAGAACGUCCUGGUUGUGUGUGAGAGCGCUGCCAGGCUGCAGCUGGGCCAGCUCAAGGAGCACUGCCUGAACUUCGUGGUGAAGGAGUCCCACUUCAACCAGGUAAUCAUGAUGAAGGAGUUUGAGCACCUCUCGUCCCCACUCAUCGUGGAGAUCGUCCGGCGGAAGCAGCAGCCACCCUCGCGCGCCCCCUCAGACCAGCCCGUGGACAUUGGCACGUCUUUGAUCCAGGACAUGAAGGCGUACCUGGAGGGGGCUGGUGCGGAGUUCUGUGACAUCACACUGCUGCUGGAUGGGCACCCACGACCAGCCCACAAGGCCAUCCUGGCAGCCCGCUCCAGCUACUUUGAGGCCAUGUUCCGGUCCUUCAUGCCUGAGGACGGGCAGGUGAACAUCUCCAUCGGGGAGAUGGUGCCCAGCAGGCAGGCCUUCGAGUCCAUGCUGCGCUACAUCUACUACGGCGAGGUCAACAUGCCGCCCGAGGACUCACUCUACCUGUUUGCGGCCCCCUACUACUACGGCUUCUACAAUAACCGGCUGCAGGCCUACUGCAAGCAGAACCUGGAGAUGAACGUCACUGUGCAGAAUGUGCUGCAGAUCUUGGAGGCGGCGGAUAAGACGCAGGCGUUGGACAUGAAGCGUCACUGCCUGCACAUCAUUGUGCACCAGUUCACCAAGGUCUCCAAGCUGCCCACACUGCGCUCACUGAGCCAGCAGUUGCUGCUGGACAUCAUCGACUCUCUGGCCUCCCACAUCUCUGACAAGCAGUGCGCAGAGCUGGGCGCCGACAUCUGAGGGCCUCAAUGGUGCCAGUGGACGGUGACCACACCUGGCCCCCCUCUGCUCACUGCAGACUGCAGGACUCGGGCCUGUGGGUCAAGGAGCAGCAGGAUGCCCAAGGCCUCUGAGGGAGCUGAGGGGAGAGGCCACAGCUAAAGACACAGGCAGUCCCGGAAACUGAAGGAGGCCUGAGUGAAGGGCUCAGCAGUGGGGGCAGGCAGAGAUCCUGUCCCUGGCCCCACUGUGGGGUGGCCAUUGUCCCCCACCCACUAGGUUCCUGAAUGUUGCCCCUCACUCUUGCCAAGGUCAGCAUAAGCUUUUUCUGCCACCCAAGUGUGGCCAAGUGAUGUGGCAGCAUCUAACUCAAGAUGAAUUUUUGUUUUUAUUAGCCACAGCCAGGGGUGUUCAGGGCCUACUCCUGGCAGGGCUCAGGGGACUAUGUGGUGCUAUGGAUGAAACCCACGUCGGCCGUGAACAAGGCAAGCGCCCUCCCCACUGUACUGUGGCUCAGGCCCCUGACUCUAGAUGAAUUCUGAAGUGUGAAGAGGAUGCGCACUAGCCACCAAGUCAGCUUUCUGAUGGGCUGAGGGCAUCGUCCUCUCUGCCAUGCUGCCUCACUGGCUAGUACCCACUGUGCUCUCGGUACAGCCUGCGGCUUCCCAUGGCAGAGCACCCAGUUGCCUGCCUGGUUCUCCCCUGCGUGGUCAGCACCUUCUGGGGUGCUGAGACCCAGCCAGGUGAGCUCCUCCCCUGAUCAGGGGACCUCUGGAUUCUGGAGUUGGGUCUCCUGGCUCCUCUGCUCCUGCCUUGCUCUGUAGGCUCCCACCUGAACUAGGAAGCCAGGUACAGCAUACAGUGCUCUCCCUGUGUGUAUCCUCCCACCCCCAUAGACACUGGCAGUCCAUUCCAGCUAAAAGCAGAUCAGUCUUCAGAAACAGGAUCCUCAGGAACCCAAGGAAGCCGCUCUAGGGGGACACCUUCCUGACCUUCCUCUGGCUGUGCUUUUUACCUUCCUCUGGCUGUGCUUCCUGCAAACAUCUGCCAACCCCCUGCUUAAGAGCCCAGGGGAAAGUGGGCCCUCAGGCAUGGAAAGCCCAUCCACGAAGCUAGGAAAUGGCCCUGGGCAAGAUAAGCUUCCCAACACUUGCCAGCCCUGCGUCCCAGGUGACCCCUAUGACCAGUCAUAGCUUCCAGACAUAGGUGUGACACAAAUAAAUGAAAUUACAUCAGAAGCCCCCCCAAGGGAAACCUGAAUGUUGUGUGGUGGUUUCCAGAACUAAAGGAAUUACACUGGCACUUGAGUCUGUGUGCACACGUGUGUGGUCCUGGGUGCUUGGGGGUGCACACCCAGAAAAGGUCAUGGGGCUCAAAUGGCUCCAGGCUCUGUGCCAGACAAAAGUACAUGAGUGAGGCUGCCCAUUUCUAAGGGAGCUAGAGACAAAGACAAAUGACACGGGCUGGGGCCCAAUUGCUUUCAGGCUCCCCACACUUGCCUCACAUGGCAGCCUCAGUUCAGAGAUGAUGGACACCCAUCUACCUGCCCUGUUUUGCAGGCUUCCAGCUGCCAGACAGGCAGCAGGCGGUUGGCCUGCUUGCAGAGCCCCUGGCCAACACUGGCAGAGCAGGCCUGUGGAUGGAAACUGGCUGUACCCCCAUGGUGACUUGAGUAUUUCCAGAAAACAAGCUUGCUCAUGUCACGGAGGUUUCAAGUGCCAAGGAAAGGGUGCUUGGCCUUGUUCCACGUCUUACUCCUGCCGCCUGGUGCUGUGCAAUACUGCAUAGA